AUGACCGGCAUCCCAUACAAUAGCGAUAUCUGGAUCAAGUACAGCACGGGCGUGACGGAAGCCGAAGCGAUACUGCAGCAGUUUGUGAACGAAAAUCGAAUGAACGCUCUACCAGUAACAUAUCUUGUUAUGGAGCGAGUACGCGGCGAGGCUCUCACGGCCAAAGAGGAUGACAUCGUCCUCGAGAACAUUGCUGCUGCUGUCCGCCAUCUGUGGGAGCUUCCAUCACCACAGGCGUCGAUCGGACCAUUGGCCGGACAGGAACCUCACGUCGAUGCGAAUUUAAACUAG